AUGUCUCGGUUGAAAGUACUCGUUGCAUUCCUCGUACAGAUCUCAAUCACAUUCGAUCCCUUUAUGUAUCUUACACUUCCUCUGCCUGUCACGAAAACAUGGCGGCACAUCAUUCACUGGGUUCCUUGGGAUACGAGAAAACGUACGCUGGCUGUCGAAAUCGAGGUUCCGAAGGACUCGAGCUAUGGAUAUCUGAAGAAGCUGUUCGCCAAAUGGUUCGGGGUCGAGGCGGAAAAUUUACGAAUUCUUUACCCGCCCUCGAAGCUGCCCUAUCACACCUCGCUUUCCAAGCGCCUCUCUGACUCGUAUAUCGCAUUUCCUUUCCGCCUCGGCCAUCCGUACGCUCUCCUUGCGGCGGAAGUAUGGUCGCAUAAGUUCUACAAGUUUUACGACGACUAUAUGAAUUUGACCGAACUCGCCGAGAAAGAUACCCUAGUCACGUCCUCCUUUACGUUUGGCGCCAAACCGAAACUACCUCCCAAAACCGACCCGAACGCCCCAUCCCUUCUACCUAUAUUCCACAUCUCCGAGGCUCAACGCAGUACAGCGUUUGGCGUACCGUUCUUUGUGUUACUCACCCCUGCUGAAGCCAGUUCGCGCGAGGAGAUCUACCGAGCUGUGGUUGAACGGUUGUUCCUUAGCGAGGACGAAGAUGGUGAAGGGGAGUUGGCGGACGAGGCGGACGAGGCGGACGAGGCGGACGAAGCUGAAAUCGUGGCCAAGGAGGAAGCGUCUACGGAGCCCGCUCAGGAUGACGGAAAACUCGCACCUCCUGCUGACCCGCAAGGGGAAGAGGACUUCGAGGUGAUCGGUCCGCAAACCGAAUUAUUCGAGCUACGACUAUUUAACUCGGUAACAGCGACUGGGAUCGAAACAGGGUUCAAUAUGAAUGCUUCUUCCGUUCGAUGGGUCGACUGGAAUACGCGUGAGCAGGCGGCAAAACCGGACCCAACUCUAUCUGACCCCGAGAGCGAGGAUGGCAGCGCAGUAAUUGUCGAGAAGCUGUCUCAACCCACGCCGCUGGUCAAGCCCACUGACGCUCUUGUAUGCCAGUGGUCAUCGCCAAUGCAGACACAUUUCUUUGGCUCCGAGUCUUCGCUUUUCGACGAGUGGGAGGAGUUUAUACACCCAGAAGUCCAGGCGGCGCGGGAUGCACAAAUCAAAUCUCGUUCAGGCAGGCGUUCUAUCGAUCUCGAAGAUUGUCUCGACGAACUCACGAAGGAAGAGCAACUUGGCGAGGAAGACCUCUGGUAUUUUCCUAGGUGCAAAAAGCAUCAGCAAGCAACCAAGAGAUUCGAGCUCUGGUCCGUACCCGAUAUACUUGUCGUCCACCUCAAACGUUUCUCCAAUGCCCGAGCCAUGCGAGACAAGAUCGAUGCUCUCGUUGAGUUCCCGAUCUCUGGACUUGAUCUGAGUUCACGAGUUGGAGAGACCGGUCAAUCGGAUGAAUGCGUGUAUGACUUGUUUGCGGUUGAUGAACAUAUGGGCGGUCUUGGUGGAGGUCACUAUCGGGCAUAUGCGAAGAACUUGUCCGAUGGCGAAUGGUAUCACUUUGACGACAGUUAUGUCAGCAAGUCGAGCGCUGAAGACUCGGUCAAUGCUAACGCAUAUUUGUUGUUCUACCGAAGACGCUCGUCAGAUUCCAAGGCUGUGAUCAAGAAGGUUCGUGCACGAGUUGACUCGAAUCAGGAACCUGACUCCCAAAAGUCUAUUGACAUGGGAGGGCAGUCUGUCGUGCGCGUACCAGACGAAGCGGAUCCCCCACCGUUCGAACUCUCAGACCUUGAUGUUCUCGUUCCUCCAUCUGCUUACGACCUACCCGAGUCUCAGGCUUCCUAUGAUCUCCCAGGGCCAUACAGAUCCAACCCUGGCGGCUCCGACGACGACCCCACCUUCACCACGCCAUCACCAGUGACCACCGGCUCCGCUGGCGCCGAGUACGAUUCACUUGAAGAGAAAGACCAAGAUGGUGUAGAGAGGCUAGGGGGGGUCGCGGUCGAGGUUACGACCACCACGACCACGGAGAAGAAAGAGUUAUAG